AUGUCGACCCAGACAACCAUGUACCAGCAGCUGGCUCUGGCGCUGGGAGUUUGGGCCGUGGUGGUAGCAGAGGAGGAAGACGACGGCGACAAGGGCGAAGACAAGGGCGGCCGGCACCCUGGAAAGAUGACUCACACUUUCACAGCAUGUCGAAGAGUUCGCGGCGGCGUGGUCACCGUCCCAACCAUCAUUGGGCGUGGCCAAGGCGGGGCACUGUCCCGUAAACAACUAAUAGAAGCUCUGAGGAUGGGCACCGUGACCCCAGAAGAGUUGUUGAUGCAAAACCAGCGGCACCAAGCCCAGCAACAGCAACAGCAUCAACAAGGAGCAGCGGAAGAAGAAGAGGAGCAGCAAGAGCCAGAGAUGGUAGAGCCGCAGGAGCAACUCGAAGAGCUCCAACUAGAGCAGGAAGAAGAACAAGUAGGGGGUGAUCUUUAG